UCACAGCUCAAAUUUCUCACAAAAAUGUUCCGGGAAGAAAAUUUCCCACCAUGCUACGACUGUUAAAAGUUGUUAACAAGAAAGAGAGAGAGUAAAUGCAGAAACGGCAUCAAUUUUUGUAUAUUUGUCACUCGUCCCUCCCCAUCAUUAGCUUUCCCCUUCUGACUCUGAUCAUUUUUGCUCCUACCAGUCUAACUAAAUCUUCGAUACAGAUAUAGUGAGAGAGAGAGAGAUGGCAUUGAAUCAGCCUGGAUCAUGUACUCCGAGAGUGUUAAAGGCAGGAUUGGGUUUGAUGGCACUGUGCUUGGCCGGGUACAUAUUGGGUCCACCUUUGUACUGGCAUUUAACGGAAGGCUUGGCCGCUGUGAGCCGCUCUUCUUCCUCUGCUUCUUGCCCACCUUGCUCCUGUGAUUGUUCUUCUCAGCCUUUGCUAACCAUUCCCCAAGGUAUUUCUCUCCAGAUCUGCNCCUUGGCCGCUGUGAGCCGCUCUUCUUCCUCUGCUUCUUGCCCACCUUGCUCCUGCGAUUGUUCUUCUCAGCCUUUGCUAACCAUUCCCCAAGAGCUGAGCAACACUUCUUUAGCAGAUUGUGCAAAACGUGAUCCAGAAGUCACUGAUGACACAGAAAAGAAUUUUUCAGAGCUUUUGUCCGAGGAACUAAAGCUAAGAGAAGCUGAAGCUUCAGAAAAUCAGAAACGUGCCGACAUGUCACUGCUUGAGGCGAAGAAGACGACGUCUCAGUAUCAAAAAGAGGCAGACAAGUGCAAUUCAGGAAUGGAUACAUGUGAAGAAGCGAGGGAAAAGGCUGAAGCGACUUUAUUGGCACAGCAGAGACUGACUGCAAUGUGGGAGCUAAGAGCUCGUCAGAGAGGAUGGAAAGAAGGGGAUGCCAAAUCUGGUACUCAAUCUCAGGGAAAUGUACAGUCUGCAUGA